GCGAAAAAGGGGAAGUUGACAUAAGUGGGAGAGGGACACAUCGCGGAGCCUGCUGCCCGGAUACUCGACCCUCUGAACGGACGCUGAAGUGCCACACAGACGGCCCCCCGGAGACACGGUCACAAUAACGAGCUCUCUGUGAGAUAUUUUCCACAGUAAAUCAGCCUCCAGAAGAAGAGACCGGGCAGUGUGACAUGGCAAGUAGAGGCGGAGCUACACGACCCAAUGGGCCAAACGCAGGCAACAAGAUCUGCCAGUUCAAACUUGUGCUUUUAGGCGAGUCGGCUGUGGGGAAGUCAAGUCUUGUACUUCGUUUCGUCAAGGGGCAGUUUCACGAAUUCCAAGAGAGCACAAUCGGAGCUGCCUUCCUGACUCAGACGGUAUGUUUGGACGACACGACGGUCAAGUUUGAAAUCUGGGACACAGCUGGUCAGGAGCGCUACCACAGUCUGGCUCCCAUGUACUACCGAGGUGCCCAGGCAGCCAUCGUGGUGUACGACAUAACAAAUGAGGAGUCAUUUGUACGGGCGAAGAACUGGGUUAAAGAGCUUCAGAGACAAGCCAGUCCAAAUAUUGUAAUAGCUCUGGCUGGGAACAAGGCUGAUCUCGCAAACAAAAGAGCGCUGGACUUCCAGGAUGCACAGUCAUACGCAGACGAUAACAGCUUGCUUUUUAUGGAAACAUCAGCAAAGACCUCUAUGAACGUGAACGAGAUAUUCAUGGCCAUUGCAAAGAAGCUUCCCAAGAAUGAGCCUCAAGCGGCCGGAGCCAGCAGCGGGCGGAACCGGGGCGUGGACCUGACGGAGACGGCUCAGCCCACCAGCCGUUCCUGCUGCAGUAACUAACUCUUCCUGCUCAUCCUUCCCUUCCACACACACACACACACACACACACACACACACACACACACACACACACACACACACACACACACACACACACACACACACACACACACACCUCAUCUGCCCCCCUCCUCCUCCCUCCCAACUGAACAUCUGGACAUCGGGCUCCUUGGCUCCUUGACGUCAGCCCGGACCGUCACCCUCACUCCCCCUGGAAUAGCUAAAAGACUCUGUAUAGCUGCAUUUCUAAUACCUGUUUUUUUUUUUUUUUUUUUUUUGUUGAUGUUCUUUCUUUUUUUUUAAACUUUUUUUAAGAAGUGUAUAUCAGUAUAAUGGAUGCAUGUAUCACUACAACGCCUAAAACACAUUUUUAUCUCCUUAUUCAGUUGGAAGACUUACCCACGUUAAGAAAGAUUGAGCGAGGGGAGCUAGAAAAACCCUACGAGUGUGUGAAUGUGUGAAUUUCCAAGUGUGAUCUGCUGAUGAGAAGACGUAGCCUCAUUUGUCACUUCACUGGGUCGACUGGGUGCGAAUGGUGUUAAGCCUGUUAAGUUAUGUUGUGCUCACAAUCAGAAGAAAACCAAAUUGUUCCCAUCUUGAGGUGCCUGUUGUGAGGCAUCGAUGUUCUGAGACGGUGCCAAGAAUGAACUGAAAUCCCUCCCUCCUCACAUCUGUUACACAAGAAGACAUCUUCAUCCAAGGCUCCUUAUGGAAAAGGCAGAAAAAAAAAUUUGGUAUCGUCCAGUUUUUGAAAAAGUUGUAAAAUACACAAAAAAAAAAAGUCUUUGAGAGUAUUGAAAAGAAAAAAAACAACCUUAAUACACAUCUGGCUUCCUAUUUUUGAGCAACCAUCUGUAGAGCAAUAUGGUCCACAUUGCUGCACAUCAACAACAAAGUCUUUGUGGUGUGGAAAACAUUUUGUUUUGUUUUGUAAAGUGUCGAAACAUCAGGAACCAACAACUACAAGAAAACAUGACGGGAAUUUUCUAAAUUUCUGCUACGCUAUUAAACGAAACGCUUUCAUGUCGCGGCAUGGAGUCACAUUUUUGACACGGAUACUGCUUCACAUGGAAAAGAAAAAAUGAACAGGAAAUGUGACGACUGUUGAGCGUCCUGCUUUAUGAGCUGCAAAGACUUUGAACACGCGAUCUCGUCUUCGUUAAUCCGUUUCUGUCCAGGCCAGUAGAUUUGGGUGAUCUCAAUCAAAGGGGGUGGAAUGUUUUUAGAAUGCAGAAUAUUGGACUACCACCCAUUGUCACAAGAUUGUGGAGAAAAAAAAAAUAUAUACUCAAAUGUUACUAUAGGGUGCAAUGUUGUCUUCUUCCUCCUUUAGCACAGCUAGCAGAGCUCGUUAGCUCACAAGGAAACUGUUUAGCGAUUCCGAACAACUGUACAGUUCAAUAUAGGUCUCCUAUUAUUAUUUUAUUAUUUUCUUCUCAUCUUCUCAUCCUAGACCGUGUCACAAACUGGUCAAACGUUAAGCAGUGGUGGUCUUUCUUUGGUAUAUGUAGUGUUAUUAACAAAAUCCCUCUCUGGUGUCUUGUUACUUUCUUUUCUCAGAAAUGGUCCAUGGUCAUGUUUGAAAGGAACUUUUAUUGCAUUGCACAGUGUUGAUCAUGUUUUAAUUAAUGACUUGCCCUUCGAUUUUAUAUGACGGACUGUAUUGGACUCGCUAACCUACAGCUAUAAGCAGGUAGCAUAAUUAACCUUACUGGUGGUCUCUUCUUACGGCUUAAUGAAUUUUAAUGAUGUAAAACAGCAUUACUAGUGAUGGGCUGAUCAGUUUUGAGUGUCUGAAUACAACUUAAUAAAUUCAAUA